AUGGCUUCGGAGAUGGAUGUGUCGACCACCUUUAUUCCGGCUUUGUACAAGCCGGCAGCAUUACUGCCUAUUGCGCGACACAAGAAAACCCUGCUCUACCUGGUUGAGACCUACCCAGUGACCAUUGUCGUCGGUCAAACUGGUAGUGCUCGAGUCGCAGAAGAGAUGCGAAGUAAGGUUGGAGAUACAGUGGGCUAUUCAAUCCGCUUCGAAGAUGCCACAUCCGCAGCAACGAGAAUCAAGUUCUUGACCGAUGGAAUGCUGCUACGAGAAGCACUGGUUGACCCUCUUCUCUCGCGGUAUUCCGUGAUCAUGGUCGAUGAAGCGCAUGAACGAUCUCUCAGCACCGAUGUCCUUCUUGGACUUCUCAAGAAAAUCAGAAAGAAGCGCCCCGAGCUGCGCAUUAUCGUCAGCAGUGCCACCCUUCAAGCCGAAGACUUUCUUGAAUUCUUUGCCGACGAAGAAUUCAAUCCAGAUGCAGAGCCUUCCGAGCUCGGUGGGAGUGUUGGGAGGAUCAUCAGUCUGGAGGGCAGGAUGUACCCUGUCGACACGCUCUUUCUUGAAUCACCUACCGAGGAUUACGUUGAGCGAGCCGUCAAGACAGUCUUCGAUAUUCAUACCCAAGAAGCAGAGGGUGACGUGCUUCUUUUCUUAACCGGUCGAGAGGAAAUCGACCGAGCGAUCCAGAUGAUCUCCGAGCGAGCCGCAGACCUCAACCCGAAAGCACCCUCGUUGCUCACCCUGCCCCUUUAUGCGGGUCUGACGACGGAUCAGCAGAUGUAUGUCUUUGAGCAAACACCAGAGAACACAAGAAAGGUUAUUGUAUCAACAAACAUUGCGGAGGCGUCGGUCACGAUUGACGGAAUUGUUUAUGUGAUCGAUUGUGGAUAUGCCAAGCUCAGAGCUUUCAAUCCCAGCACAGGUAUCGAGACAUUGACGGCUGUGCCCAUCUCCAAAGCCUCGGCUACUCAGCGGGCUGGUCGAGCCGGCAGAACAAAGCCGGGAAAAUGCUUCCGCCUCUACACCCAAGAAAAUUAUGAGCAACUUCCUGAGGCGACUGUUCCAGAAAUCCAACGCUCAAACCUUGCGCCUAUUGUGAUGCAGCUCAAAGCGCUGGGGAUCGACAACAUUGUUCGAUUCGACUUUUUAACACCGCCUCCGGCCCAACUCGUCAUCCGUGCUUUCGAGAUGCUCUUUUCUCUGGGCGCAGUAGAUGACUAUGCCAAGCUCACUAAGCCUCUGGGAAUGCGAAUGGCAGAGCUUGCCGUCGAUCCGAUGAUGGCUAAAGUUCUUCUGGCCGCCCCCAAAUUCAAGUGCUUAAGCGAGAUCCUUUCGAUUGCCGCCAUGGUCAGUCUUCAGGGGACCGUGUGGGUGCAGCAUGAUGGCCAAAAGAAGGCCGCCGAAAGCCAACGACGAAAGUUUGCUGCCGAAGAGGGCGACCACCUUACUUAUCUCAACGUCUAUCAAGCGUUUGUCACUAAGGGCAAGAAGGAUAGUAAAUGGUGCCGGGAUAACUUUUUGAAUUUCCGCGCUCUCCAACGUGCAGUGAGCAUUCGUGGACAACUGAAGCGAUACCUUGAACGCUUUGGGAUUCAAACCGAUGAGUCUCUUUCGACUCGACACGGCAGUGCCGAUCUCAGCAGUCAACCUGAGCAGAUCCAGCGAUGCCUCACGACCGGCUACUUUGCUCACGCCACCAAGAUGCAGCCGGACGGCUCAUUCAAGACCGUCAGUGGCGGACUGACUCUCUAUGCUCAUCCGAGCUCCUUGAUGUUUGUAAGUCUUGCCAAUGACCUUACUCAGCACGAGUGA